ACAUUACUUUUCUCCUCCUACAUAUAAGGAGCUCCACACUCCCUCAAACUAAACCAAUUCAAAUCAUCUCUAUUCGUCAUCAAUACAAACAACCAUUCUCAAUUCCUCACUUUUGAUCCACAUUUUCACUAAUGGCUUCCAGUUCAAUCAGCAACUCAUCAUGGACAGCGAAAGAGGACAAGCAAUUCGAAAUGGCGUUGGCAAAAUACGACAAGGAGACUCCUGACCGUUGGCAAAAAAUUGCGAGGGCAGUUGGUGGGAAAUCAACUGAAGAAGUAAAGCGACACUAUGAAUUGCUCCUUAGGGAUGUGAAUGACAUUGAGUCAGGACGCUAUCCACAACCUAGUCGCAUUUCAAUGGCUGCUUCUAGAUUAUGUUCGGCGGCGGCGAUAGCUGCUGCGUUUACUUCAAUGUCGAUGUCACAAAACCGCGCUUACGCUGACUCGCGAUUCCGCUUUCCUUUCUUCUCUUCUUCACCUCCGGCAGAAGAAUCUCCAACCGAUCAUAAGUCUUCAUCGGAGACUAAACCUGACUCCGAUGAACCUAAAGGAUCUGGUUUCGAUCCUGAGUCCUUGGAAAGAGGUGCUAAAGCUCUUCGUGAAAUCAACAGCUCUCCUCACUCCAAACAGGUGUUUGAUCUAAUGCGAAAGCAGGAGAAGACUCGAUUAGCUGAAUUAGCUGCUGAGAAAGAACAUAAUGAAGCUAUUCAAGCACAGAAAGACAUUGAACGACAGCGGAAAUUGGCCGAGGAUCAGAGAAAUUUAGUGCAGCAACAGGCACAAGCGAAAGCGCAAAUGCUUCGAUAUGAGGAUGAGUUGGCUAGGAAGCGACUGCAGACAGAUAAUGAAGCUCAGAGACGGCAUAAUGCUGAAUUGGUUUCGAUGCAAGAGGAGUCUUCUAUACGGAAAGAGAAAGCAAGAAUUGCCACGGAACAACAGAUUCAAGCACAGCAGCGCCAGACUGAGAAAGAGAGAGCUGAACUUGAGCGAGAAACAAUUCGCGUCAAAGCCAUGGCUGAGGCUGAAGGACGAGCUCAUGAAGCUAAACUUACUGAGGAGCAGAAUAGAAGAAUGCUUCUGGAUAAGAUAAAUGGUGAAAAGGAGAAAUGGCUUGCAGCAAUCAACACAACCUUCAGUCAUAUUGAAGGAGGAGUAAGGACCUUAUUAACUGAUCGAAGUAAAUUGAUUAUGACUGUUGGAGGAGUUACGGCAUUAGCUGCUGGGGUGUACACAACUCGAGAGGGUGCUAGGGUUACCUGGGGUUAUAUUAACAGAAUUCUUGGGCAGCCAUCACUGAUCAGAGAAUCGUCCAUGGGUAGAUUCCCAUGGGCAGGCUCAGUGUCUCAGUUUAAGAACAAACUUAGCACAGCUGCAGGGGCAGCAGCAUCUGCAGAAGGAGAAAAGCCCCUUGAAAAUGUAAUUCUUCAUCGUUCUUUGAAGACGAGAAUUGAGCGUCUUGCUAGAGCCACAGCAAAUACCAAGUCUCAUAAAGCACCAUUCCGAAACAUGAUGUUUUAUGGGCCUCCUGGUACUGGAAAAACUUUGGUGGCGAGGGAGAUUGCUCGGAAGUCGGGUCUUGAUUAUGCUAUGAUGACAGGAGGAGAUGUUGCUCCUCUUGGUGCACAGGCUGUUACAAAGAUCCAUGAAAUAUUUGAUUGGGCUAAGAAAUCAAACAAAGGGUUACUGCUUUUCAUCGAUGAAGCUGAUGCUUUCCUAUGCGAACGUAACAGCACUUACAUGAGUGAGGCUCAGCGCAGCGCUCUGAACGCAUUGCUCUUUCGAACCGGUGAUCAAUCACGGGACAUAGUUCUUGUCCUGGCUACAAACAGACCCGGAGAUCUCGACAGUGCAGUCACUGACAGGAUCGACGAAGUAAUCGAGUUUCCUCUCCCUGGUGAAGAAGAACGCUUCAAGCUCCUCAAGCUCUAUCUCAACAAGUACCUAAUGGGUGAAGACAAGAAAGGUGAGAAAGACUCAAACCUUAAAUGGAUCAACUCGUUCAAGAAGAAGAAGUCUCAGAAGAUAACCAUUGAAGGAGACCUAACCGACGAAGUGAUCAAAGAAGCUGCAAAAAAGACAGAAGGCUUCUCUGGUCGUGAAAUCGCUAAGCUUGUCGCCGGUGUUCAAGCUGCGGUUUACGGACGACCGGAUUGUGUCUUGGAUUCCCAGCUUUUUGAAGAAAUUGUGGAUUAUAAAAUCGAAGAACAUCACCAGAGAAUCAGACUUGCGACUGAAGUGGUGGUGUUGACGUGGCAAGAAGGUGUUUUGGGGAAAUGGGCAGAGUCGACGGCGAAGGAAAAGACCGGUUCAUGGGCUGGUUGGGUCUCCGACAAAAUCACCACUGGAUUUGGUACCAAGAAAGAGGAAACAGGAAUUUAUCAAAAAACUAAAGAGGAAGCAAGAAAAGCGGCCCGAGCCGCCGAAAACUAUGCUUAUGACAAGGCGCAAUACGUCAAGGACUCUGCUUAUGACAAUGCAGGUUAUGCCAAGGAUUUUGCUGAGAACAAGGCACAAUACGCAAAGGAUUUUGCUUAUGACAAGGCUGGUGAUGCAAAGAACAUUGCCUACGAAAAUGCGGGCUAUGCGAAGGAUUUCGCUUAUGAUAAGGCUAGUGAUGCAAAGGACAUGGCCUACGAAAAAGCGGGCUACGCUAAGGAUUUCGCCUAUGAUAAGGCAGGCAAUGCAAAGGACAUGGCCUAUGAGAAAGCAGGAUAUGCAAAGGAUUUUGCCUAUGAUAAGGGAGGCUACGCGAAAGAUUUUGCCUAUGACAAGGCGGGCAAUGCAAAGGAUAUGGCCUAUGAGAAGGUGGGAAAUGCGAAGGACAUGGCCUACGAGAAGGCGGAAAAUGUAAAGGAUUUCACAUAUGAUAAGGUAGGAGCUGCUUACGGAAGUGCGCAGAGUAUGAUGGACUCUGGUUAUGAAAAGGCCGGUGAUGCAAAGGACAUGGCCUAUGAGAAGGCGGGCUAUGCAAAGGACAUGGCAUAUGAGAAGGCAGGCAUAGCAAAAGACAUGGCCCAUGAAAAAGCUGAGAAUGCUAAGGACAUAGCCCACGAAAAAGCAGGAGAUGCUUAUGGAAGUGCGCAGAAAUUGAUGGACUCCGGCUAUGAUAAGGUCGGUAAUGCUAAGGACAUUGCCUAUGAAAAGGCAGGCAAUGUAAAGGACAUGGCCUACGAGAAAGCAGGCAAUGCCAAGGAUGUGGCUUAUGAGAAGGCUGGCAUUGCAAAGGACAUGGCCUAUGAUAAGGUAGGCAAUGCCAAGGACAUGGCAUAUGAGAAGGUGGGAUCUGCUUAUGGCAGUGCGCAGAAGGCGAAGGAUUCUGGUUAUGAGAAAGCUGGUGAGGCCAAAGACUUCGCCUACAAGAAGGCUGGCAAUGCGAAAGACAUAGCUUACGAAAAAGCGCAAGAUGCAAAAGACUUCGCAUAUGACAAGGCGGGUUAUGGAUAUGAAAAAACAGGUGAUGUGAUCAGGAUGGCUACAGACAAGAGUGGUGAAGCCUAUGAAGGAGCUAAAGAGAAGUCAAAGAGUGCCAAAGACAUGGCAGCUGAUAAAGCUGGACGUGCAAUGGAGUAUGGUAAAGACAAAGCAACAGAAGCAAUGGAUGAAUCUGUUGACUAUAUGAAAGAAAAAUCACACAAAGCCAAAGAUGGAGCAGCUAGAGGAUUCGAAGAAGCUAUGGAAAAAGUCGGCGAAAAGUACGGUGCAGCCAAAGAAUCCACAAAAUACGCUUAUGAAACCGCAAAGAAAAAGGCUUCUCAAGUUGCUGGAGAAAUAAGAGACCGUUAUGCUGAGCUCUAAAACCAAUUUGUUAUACAACAAUGUAAACAGA